CUUGAAACGCGCGGCGUCGUGUUCUUCUCGUCACGGUGCAAUUACGAUCGUCCUCGCGCCAAAACGCCGACACACCUACAUACCUACCCAUUCUCCUUCGCGAUCGGACGCUACCGUAGCUUCCGUACUAGCUUUCGAUGUAUCGAUCAUCUAUCCGCGAUUCGCGUGUCGGUUCCACCGCUCUUUCGAAUCUUGUGGCAUCCGGAGCGUUCUAACUGGUUUCACUCGAAUCGUCUAAUUUUCCCGUGUCCGUACCGCCUCUAUCUGGCCACGGUUCUCGAUCGUUCGCCACCGAUUCGUAUUUCCGUGCUAAAUCUAUCGUACGUAUAUCCUACUUAUGAAGUUCCUGUGCGCCACAUCAACGCGUAAACUUCGACGACGUGAUUAUGAACGGCUCGUGUGAAGCUUGGAAUACUUUGGACAUUCGUGUCUGUGCCACUUUCGUGUCUUUACUUCUUCCUUUUCUUUCUCCUUUCUUUUUCAUUUCGAUAUUCCUCCGAUAAUUGGAAAUUGCGAAUAGAACGUUGUUAUCCUCGUCGCAGAAUAAUCUAUUCGAGACUAUCGAAUUUCAUUUUCCCAUACCGCUAUACAUGUACAUAGCGAUCAUUUUACGAAUGUCGGAUACGAAUGCGAGGAAAGACCCGUUGUAUCUGGAAACAUAAUCGGACGACGGAUGCGUAAAAGUUUUACGCGGGAUUCGCAACGACAGACGAAAGAUACAAGCUGGAAGAACGCGAAGAACGAUGCCUGUUCGAGGUACGACUCACGAUUUCGUCGAACGAUAAGCGGCGAGCUCGCUGGAUAAACGCACGAUGCACGCGUGAAUCGGAACCAUCAUGGAGGCGCUCCGAUUGAUUUUCCUGUUGCUGGCAUCGUCGCGCUACUUCCUACGUCCGAUCGAUGGUGCUAUUCGCGGCGAUAAGCUGGUCAACGAGGAGACGCAGAAUCGGAAUAACGUCCUUCCUUCGGUAGCUGCGCCUGUCAAGGAUGUCCUGGCGCAGACUGGCGGUAACGCUAUGCUACCCUGUAGAUUCGCUGGUCCAGGAAUAGUAACUUGGAUCAGAAGGAAAGAUAGACAGCUAUUGACGCUGGGUACUGGUACUCAUGCCAUAGACACGCGAUUCAUGGUGGUUUCGAACAGCCCAGAUUGGACCCUGCUGAUCAAGAAUGUUAAACGCGAAGACGCUGGACUGUACGAGUGCCAGACAGAUUCAAACUCGGUUCAGCAACGAUUUAUUCGUUUGAGCAUUACGGAGGCAUAUUCCGUGAUACCCGGCGGACCGGAUCUUCACGUGAAGCAAGGAUCUAGUCUUCGACUAGAAUGUCAACUGAUAGCAUCCACGGAGACACCCAGCUUCAUCUUUUGGUAUCGCGAGGGCCGCAUGAUCAAUUACGACGACGAACCUGGAGUCAAAGUCGAGGCUACGAAAAACGGUUCGAUUCUCGUGAUCGACAAAAUGAAACUCUCCCACGGUGCUAAUUAUACUUGUUCGCCGAGCAACGCCAAGCCAGCAUAUAUCAUGAUACAUGUAAUCGAAGAAGAGGAAAAACCGGCGGCUAUGCAUGGCGGUGAUCGACGAAACGCUACGUCGAGGGCGUCCAUCAACGUCAUGUUGAUUUUCCUGACUUUCCUCGGCAUACGCACCUCGAAUCGGCAAGUCUGCGUCACGUGACCAGCCUACCGUGCCAAUUUUGUUACCGAAUUUAUACUACCUACUGCGGGAUUGCAAAUAAUUUUCAUUACAUUUUUCUAUCUUCUCUUACUUUAUAGCGUUACCCGCCAAAUCUAUACUUAAAGUCAUCGGCAAUUCGCAGACAUGCAACGUCACCUGCUGAAUUAAUCCAAAGUUCACCGGCGCGGUAAAAUGUCAACUCGAAAUAACAAUAUCGUGCGAGCGACAUACAGAUACGAACAAAGAUGGUACUAUUUUUCGCGACCUGGCUAACUCAAUGUAAAAUUAUAAGACACCGAUACCACGAUUUCGAAGAAUUUCAAAGUUCAUCGGUCAAUGUAUGACAGAUAGAUGUACUAAAAUACUCGAUAUCGUUAUGCCAACGGUUCAGUUUUUGGAAUUCAAGAUUAUAACGCUUCGUUCUUAAACGUUAAACAUCAAAGACGCAACAUGUGCGUAUUUACAACGCUGAGUGCAACGUGCAACAUUGUUCGUGGAACGCCAGACGGAACGUAAACUCAAGCAAUAUUAAAUCGUAUAUUAUAUUCAUUUUUACUCUAUCCUUGGAAUAUUUUCGUCGAGAUAAGCGUACAAAGGUUCAUCUUUAUCUAGAUGCAUUCGCCGAACUAUCUCUUUUCCUAAAACGAGCAUGGGCAAAGGUAUGCACGACGUCACGAUGAAAGAAGUAGUCAUCCUUUUGCAUUUUUAAACAGAAAUAACGUUGAAUUAAACGCUUGGUUGCCGUAAAGGCGUAAGACACGCCAGAAAUUUCUGUAACGAGGAAAAGAAAAAGGCGCGGAACGUUCUAUCGAUGUAAGAUACGAAUCCUCAAGCACGACAAGUAUCGUAUUCAGCGGCCGCUUUCACGUUCCCAUAAGUCGGUCGUUUUCCCGCGUAAAUAAAAGCGAAUGCAUAGGAAAGUUCGCGUUCAUUCGUGGAGGAAUCAAUGUAACAAAGCAGUGACACGUUAAUGAUGAAUUGAAAAGCAAACAUUUUAAAGUUUAGAUAAAUUCAAUGUACUAAAAAUGUACUAAAAAGGUCACAGCAUGUCGCGCCGCACACUGUUUACCGUUUAAACGAGCAUAAAAGUGUACUCGAUAAAUCUUAAAGCGUGAAAAACGCUUUUUCAUGUUUCGUCGAAAGCUUCGCGAAUUAACAACGUUCGAACGAGCCAAAAAUCACGUUACGAAUACCACGAAUGAUCCCGUGCUUCUUUCAGUACGCCUUACAUCGCGUGAAAAUCCACAACGAUUUUUCCUCGAACGAAGGCGAUCUCGUACUCGAAAACCGAAUAAAAUUAACGCGAUUAUCGUUUCGUCCUCCUGUCUAGUCUUAUACCUAGUCUUGCAAUCCUACGUAUCUUACGUUGGAAAAAAAUAUUAAACUCGUCUAACGGAGGAUGCUUCGACCUGAACAAUUACAAAGUACAAUCAUCGUUUGUCGUAUGCUUUGUCAGAGGAAAAGAGGGGGAGCUAUUCUAUCUAUUCGAAUCACAGUUCCCAGGUAAUAUUAGAACUAAUCACUCGAUGUAUUAAUGUGAUCAAUGUACAUACGUGUAUGCUAACUGUAAUACCUACACUAAAUCGAACAGAUAACGAGUAUUUGUAGCAAGAAUGUUUCUUUCGCGGGGUGCAAGAGUUUCGCAAUAUCUUUUUACACGUGACGAAGCAUUACGCGACUUAUCGAAUAAGCGUAUAAGUUUUUACUUAGGACGAGUAACAAUUUGUCGAUGAUUUCUCGUUGAAACGAGCUUUCCAUUGUCCGCUCGGGUAUUAACGUGACCCCUGUACGUAGCGUUAUAGAACCUAUUAGCAGGAAUUUCAUGCUCCAAAUUAUAACGAUCGACAUUUGUAGAUUUGAUUCGUUUAACAAUAAUAGACGCGAGUGAUUUUAAUAUCGAGGCUUCAGAUUAAUUUUCGUCGACUUAUCGGAAAAAGGCAGAUGAACGAUAUGG